AUGGGAAUUGAUCCAGUGACUCACAAACCCUUCUCCCAAAUCCUUGCUGACUAUGGAAACAUUGAUGGCCUCCCAAAAUUCGGAAACCGAAUCGGAUCCCUCAACCGGGACAUAAAAAACGCAUUCAUCUCCAAAUCGGUCCAGUCUCCGAUCCCACAACACGUAUUCUCAAAUUUCAACAUGCAUUUCACAACACUCGAUCAUCCAAUCCAAAACACCGCUGGCAAUUACGCAAAUAACAGUUCGCUAGACCUUCUGGCUCAGCUCCAAUCCAUUACGCUCGUUACUGAAGCCUCAUCAAACUAUACCAACAGCCAAACAACCAACACGCCACAUGUUGAUUGCUCCUCUUCAUCAGCAGUAAGUCAGUUUAACGCGUCUUUGAGUUUCAGCUGGCGCGAUUUUCUUAUUGAAGAUCCAUUUAUACCGGGUGAUGUACAACAAGAAGAAGAGAUUAAGCAAGAAGAAAAACAAGAUUUUAGUGCGGUUGAAGAAAUGGGUCAUGAAUUUGAGGUGAUGAAUAGCUUUGAGAGUUCAUCGUGUUCUGACAGAUCGUUUGUUGAAGCCAUAAUGGAUCAACAAAGCGAUAUGCUAUUGGAGUUUCCUGGACUUAUGGAAGAAUAA